AAUAUCCCAGCGUGCACCGCUGCCGCUGUGUCCGACGUUACCAAACCAACGGUGUCCGACCGGACCGAUCCGACUGUGUUCAGCAGUGAAGCAGACUCGGACACUGUGUGCGUGUGUGUGUGCUGCAGGAUGAGCGCCCUGCGGACCCUCCUCAGCUCCUCUGCGCUGAUCGCUGUGAUGGGGCUCAGCUAUGGGAUGUGGUCCAUUAUCGUCCCGGGAGAGGAGAGGCGGAGAGAGAUCGUCAGGAAUCUGCCUGAAUCGAACCCGGUGAGGAUGGAAGAGACGAGGAAGAGAAACGCUCUGGUGAUGGAGGCACUCAAGGAGGCUGCUGAAACCAACGAAAAUAUCACAAGAAGGUUCGGAGCGCCCAAAUAGACAUACCGGCUCUGAAGCCUGUGGUCUACAAAGUCUCCGUGUUUUGAAUGCUGCUGGUAUGCUGAUAAAGAUGGACAUUAUAUUGUACUGGACCUUUAAUGUCUUCAUUGUUUGUGACAACAAUUUACAGAUGGGUGUUAAAAUAGUUUAUUAAAACUCUCCCAACACAA